CCUCCCUUUGUGCUCGUGUUCUCUACUUGCUCUCCCAGACUUUCCAUAGACACUAUCCUACCAAUGCUUCGGCCUUCAUGAUUGGGUCUCCCGCCAAGCGAGUCUCCGUCCAGGUCCGGACCCUGGCCGACAGUUAUCUCUAUAUUAUCUGGUCUCGGCCUCGUCGUUACUCGACUAAGUACAUCGUUCCUGACGAUAUCCGCCCCACCAAGCGUCGCGAGUUCCACGACUAUUUCGUCACUCAUCUACCCUCGUCCUCACUACACCCGGAUCCCCGGGGUCCAUUGGCCCCCUUCCAUAAACUACCUCGUUCAGCUUCGGUCCCGCAUACUGGCGAGAUCUCCCAUUCUCCUGCCGCAUUCCAGCCCCUUGUCGACCGGGACACCACUGUUGUUCGCAUCCCACUGCGGAGCGCCAAACACCACUUCGGUGCACACAGCUCCCGAGGCACACGACCCUACAAUGAAGAUGCCUACCAGGCUGGCGUCAUCGAUAUACCCGCCUUUGCGAAACGUCCACCGGCUUCUUUGACGAUCAAGAAGACUGGCACUAUCCCUGUCCCCAGAGAGAGCCGCGGGGCUGACAGCGCGAGCGGGGAUCCGCAGGUCUUCUAUUUCGGUGUCUUUGACGGUCAUGGUGGAACGGAGUGCAGUACUUUCCUGAAGGACUGGCUUCAUGAGUAUAUUCAAGAUACCGCGGCCGCGUUUGAACUGCAAUCGAGUCUCCAACAAGGCUCAAGCGGCCAGUUCCCGCGGGGCGCGGAACCCUCAUCCGGAGCGCUGCCCAUAGUACAGGGCGGUAACUCUAAACGUAUCGGAGAAUUAGAAAGGAUCUUAGUGCAGAACUGGAAGACUUUGGUUGGCGGCUAUUUCAAGAGAUUUGUUCCACCUCACUUUACACAUGCCGGAAAGCAGAACUCGACGACCGAUGUGGAUUCUGGCAUGGGAGUCACCAUUGAGGAGAUCUUGGAGUAUGCCUUUCUCCGGACCGAUUUGGAGUUUGUCUCGGCGCAAGCGGCCAAGAGAGACGAUGAGUUUACAAAGGUCGGUCAGCCAAUGCACCAAGAUGAUAUCUUGUAUGGCCCAGGCCGCUCCCGAUCGUUGAACAUUGGCGGGGUCAAUCGCUUCAAGGGGGGCAGCACGGCCAGUGUUGCGCUCAUCUCAACUCCGACGCCCGCUCCGUUUUGGCACCCCAAUGCUCCAUCUAGCCUGCUUGUCUCGCAUGUUGGGGAUACUCGGAUCCUCUUAUGUUCCACUUUGACAGGCCAAGCCAUCCCGGUCACGUCCAACCAUCACCCCUCGUCGCCUAUUGAAGCUUCCCGAUUACGACGGUAUGCUACCACGUUCGUGACAGACUCGUUCGGAGAAGAGCGGAUGAGCGGACUUGCCAACACUCGAUCUUUUGGGGACGUCCAGUCCAAGCGCAUCGGUGUCUCGGCAGAGCCAGAGAUCCGUCGCAUUGAGAUGGGGCCAGCCGAGUACUCGUUCUUGGUGCUCAUGUCGGACGGAAUCAGCGGCACGCUCCUAGACCAAGAGGUCGUCGACAUCGUCAAGGAAGCGAAGACCCCUGAUCAGGGUGCUUCCGAUGUGGUCAAAUUUGCGACCGAGGUGACUCGUGAAGGAGACAAUGCCACCUGCCUGGUAGUCCGAUUGGGCGGGUGGGAGCGGCGACUGGAGGGAGGACUGGGCAGCUUGGGGACGAAAGAGUCUCGAGAGUGGCGUCGGCAAGAAGCGACAGAUCCGCGCAGGUCACGGAGAUGAUAAUGAAGAUUUCUAAACAUUUGAUAGAGAAUAUGCCUGUUUGUAUAUAGCUUAAUUUCUUCUGCUGCUGCUCGUUUGGUUCGUGCUGCUUGAGAGAGCUUUGCAUAGUUUACGUCUGUACAUACGCAGUCCUUGACAACUAAUUUCUUUUGUUUUUCUCCGCACG